AUGCGUCUCACACACGCGCCCCUACUGUCUCUCCUCACCCUCACAACCGCAUCCCUGCAACAGACACCCCCACGCUCAUCCGCCCGUCUCUGGGCCACUCACUACAAUGGCAAUGUCUACACACUCUCCUUCAAUGGCCAUGAUCUGUCCCUCGCCGACACGGCCAAGACCUGCGGCGCCAUGCCGAGUUGGUUGACCUUUGAUCCGGAGACGCGCACUGUUUACUGUUCUGAUGAGGAUGGCACGGCGGACCCGAGUACGCAUGGCUCCUUGUGGGCGUAUCAGGCUGGAGAAGAUGGGAAGUUGCAUCAGAUUGCAAAGACGAAUACCGUUGGUGGGGGUGUGAAUAGUGUUAUUUAUGAGGAUGGGGAUGGUGAGAAAUAUCUUGCCAUUGCUCAUUACGAGGGCUCUGCAAUCUCAACAUUUGCCCUCCCUCUACACGACAAUGAGCCUGCCGUCCAGGAAUUCCACUUCAACAUGACCCGCCCAGGUGCCGUCGCGCAACAAGACUCACCUCACCCGCACGAGGUCUUCCUCGACCCGACCGGCUCCUUCGUGGUGAGUCCCGAUCUAGGCGCUGAUCUGCUCCGCGUAUACUCCAUCGACAGCGGAUCCGGCAAGCUGCAACAAUGCCCACCAGUCAACAUUACAUUCGGCAGCGGUCCUCGCCACGGUGUAUUCUGGACAGACGGCACAAACAGGGAUACGCAUUCCGGAAGCCAGGAUGGCCGGCCCGAGCACUCGCGCCAGGUCGCGGCCGUCGGUAAGACGAUGCUGUACCUUGCGAACGAAAUUGGUGGCACUUUGAAUGUCUUCGAGGUGGCUUAUGCACGAUCUGGAUGUCUUUCUUUCCAAAAGACUCAGACUAUGGUGCCGUAUACCAACAGCACGAUGCCCAAGGGUGCGACCCCGGCUGAGAUUCGGAUGGUUGGGAAUGCGCUCUACGUCUCCAUUCGCACUGAUCAAGGUUUCGCCCCGAAUGAUAGCAUCGUCACUUUGGAUCGGAACCCACGUACUGGCGCUGUGAUGCUCCGGAAUAAGACCUCAUCUUACGGCAAGGUGCCGCGGACGUUCACGAUCAAUCGGGCUGGCGACCUGGUUGCAAUUGGAAACCAGGCCACGUCGACCGUGGCAAUUGUCCGCCGGGACCGGGAAACGGGUAACCUGGGCGAGGAGAUUGCCGUACUGCAAGUUGGAGAGCCCGGCAAGGUAGGCACUGCCGAGGGCCUGAGCAGUGUGAUCUGGGACGAGUGA